AUGAAUUCCACACACAUUUCAAGUGAAGAAUUAUAUUUCAUUCAAUUCCUAUCGUCCAUAAUAUUGUUUAUUAUUAUAUUCAUUACAAUUAUUGGUAACAUUUUGGUGAUAACUGCGGUCAUAACGACACCUAAAUUACAAAUAAGACCUAAUUUUCUAAUACUAUCGCUUAGUAUAACCGAUCUCUCCGUCGGUGUGUUUGUGAUGCCAUUCACCGCAUACUAUGAUGUCUUGAAAUUGAGUGAUUGGACAUUUGGCCCUGUUAUGUGUGAUGUUUACUAUAUGUUUAUCAUUAAUCUCACGUCAACAUCAUAUCUACACCUCAUAGUCAUAGCCAUCGACCGCUACCUUUCGGUCACAAAAAUUCAGUAUUCAAUGAAUAAAAGCAAAUCACAUGUAAUGGCAAUGAUUGCCUUUUCGUGGACUUUCCCACCCCUAAUAACUAUAUGGCCUAUACUUGGAUGGAGGGAUACCCGGGUAUAUACGGAUAGGAUACGCAAAUACGUUUGUUAUGCAGCGGGCAAUAAUGUGCUUGUUAAAUAUUCUAUCAUUUCUGUCAGUCUAAUUGGAUUCUGCAUAAUACCCACAUUAUAUUAUCGCGUAUACAAGAAAUCAAUUGAAUUCACGAAAAAAUGCAAAAACAGAAAACGAGUGACUUUUCAAAAGCAAAAAUCAAUGGAUAAAAAGGACAAACUUAUGCGCCGGGAGUUUCAAGUGGCCAAGACUUUGGCUGUGGUUACCAUUACAAAUGAUUCAUUUAAAUAUGACCAUAUGGUUAGUGUAUCUAAAUUCCACAUUAAAUCCAAUUCUAUUAGAGUCAACCAUUGA